CGAAGCUGGAGGAGAGGAAAAGCUACCGUGCUGGUGUAAAUACUGAUAGAUAAUACAAAAAAAAAGGCCGGAAUAACAGAGAACAAUGGCAUCUUCGUUCACUCCCACGACGAUCUCCCAUUCUCUCCGGCAGGCCUUCCGCCUUUCCCGGUCCUCUCCCGCAUCACGCCUGGCUUGCCAACCGCAGCUCAGAUCACUUGCGCCAUCCAGAUCGCAGUCUCGAACCCUCCGGUCAAGCCCAAUCCUUCGCCCAGGCGGCAAUCGCGCUUUUUCAACAACCCCCGCUCUCCCCGCAAAGACGAUCCAGCAGCUCAAAGCCCGGUCGUCCACGGGUCCGUUCUCAUGGAAAGCGGCCCUGCUGUUCGUGCUCACGGGUGCGGGUAUGAUCGUGUACUUCCAGUAUGAAAAGGCGCGACUGGAGCGAGAGCGCAUUGUGCAGAUGAGCAAGGGAGUGGGUAAACCCAAGGUCGGAGGACCGUUCAUUUUGAAGGAUCUGGAUGGGAACGUGUUUACGGAGGAGCAGUUGAAGGGGAAAUAUAAUUUCAUCUACUUUGGAUUUACUCAUUGCCCCGAUAUCUGCCCUGACGAGUUGGACAAGAUGGCUGCCAUCAUCGACAUCAUCAAGGAGAAGUCCAAAGGCAACUCUCCACUUCGCUCUAUCUUCGUGACGUGCGACCCGGCGAGAGAUACACCGGAAGUACUACGAGCUUACUUGAAAGAAUUCCACGGCGACAUCCUGGGCUUAACUGGAACCUAUGAGCAAGUGAAGAACAUGUGCAAGCAGUACCGAGUCUACUUUAGUACGCCAGAGAAUAUCAAACCGGGCGAGGAUUAUUUGGUGGAUCACAGCAUUUACUUUUACUUAAUGGACCCCGAAGGAGAUUUCGUGGAGUGUAUCGGCCGUCAGGAUACCCCCGAAAGCGCAGCAAAUAUUAUCCUCGAUCAUAUCAAGGACUGGAAGAGACAGGGCAGAGAGUUGGAUACCAGCAAGCCCUGAGCGUAACAAGAGAGCGGG